AUGCUGCAAUCGAGCGCACGGCAUAAUGAUUUGAAAGCUGAAAAAGGGGAAUCAUUAUUGUGUGCCAAGGACAAACCUUCGAUUUACAAGUUACCAACUCAGACACGUCUCAAACUUUCCGUCCGUAAAUGGAGUGUGGCGGCGAAAUGGCGAUGGAGUAUCGGUGAGGGCCCGUGUGGGAUUUGUCGCGAAACGUUUGAUUCUUGUUGCGUUACGUGUCACACGCCUGGUGACGAAUGUCCUAUUGCCAUAGGUGUGUGUCGUCAUGCCUUCCAUAUGCAUUGUAUCGUGAAAUGGACAAAAUCACAAAAAGUAGCUUAUCCAGUGUGCCCCUUAUGCCGGCAGAAAUGGGAGUUUGCACCGAUGGAACAUACUAAUGGUUGUCCAAUGAAUUGA